CUAGUUUACAUUGAAUAAGCAUUUGAUCUGAUAAGACACAAUCUUGCAACGUAGUCAUUAAAAUAAUACGGACUUGCGAUCAUCACUGACCCCCAGUUUGUCCCCUGCAGCUGUCAUUCAGAAUUGCUGUGCUUCUUCCCUCUGGCAGGACCUUCUCCAGCAGAAUCACAGCAGACCAAGGCCAUAUUUAACCUUUCUGAGGAGGGUGCCAGUGGCUGGAGCGCAACCCAAGAGCCCAGUGAGCCUGGCUGCAUGAACUUCAUGAUAUUCAGCCCAGCUGAUGCUGUCAUUGGACGAUACAAACUCAAACUUCAGAUUGUUUCUGGGAACAAGGUCUCUUCAACAUUCUUGGGCCAGUUUGUGCUACUCUUCAAUCCCUGGUGUCCAAAUGAUGAUGUCUAUAUGGCUAAUGAAGAGGAGAGACAGGAGUAUGUCCUGAAUGACAGUGGAAUCAUAUUUCAGGGACUGGAAAAAUAUAUUCAACAAGAAGCCUGGAACUAUGGACAGUUUGAAGAGGAUAUCCUUGAUAUCUCUCUGGCUAUACUGGAUCGAAGCCUGAACCACCAGGAGGAUCCAGCUGUUGAUGUAUCCAAGCGGAACAAUCCUAUCUAUGUGAGCAGGGUUAUCAGCGCUAUGGUUAACAGCAAUGAUGAAAAAGGAGUAGUGGAAGGGAAGUGGAAUGGAAAGUACCGCUCAGGAACCAACCCCUUGCAGUGGAGUGGAAGUGUGACCAUCCUUCGAAAGUGGUACAGGGGGAGAUACAAACCUGUCCGCUAUGGCCAGUGCUGGGUCUUCGCAGGAGUAAUGUGCACAGUUCUGAGAUGCUUGGGAAUACCUACUCGUGUUAUUACAAACUUCAACUCUGCCCAUGACAAGAAUAUAAAUCUGAGUAUUGAUAAGUACAUUGACGUUUCUGGAAAGACCCUGCACUUGACUGAAGACAGCGUGUGGAAUUUCCAUGUCUGGAAUGAAAGCUGGUUCAUUAGAAGAGAUCUUGGCUCUUUUUAUGAUGGAUGGCAGGUUCUGGAUGCAACACCCCAGGAAAGAAGCAAAGGCAUAUAUCAGUGUGGUCCUGCCUCCACCAGAGCCAUUAAGGAAGGGGAUGUGAACCUGGAUUACGACAGCUCAUUUGUGUUUGCAGCAGUGAAUGCUGACUGUGUUACUUGGAUUCACUAUAGCAAAAAAAGAAAAGAGAGGAUUUAUUCUGAUACUAGGAAGAUUGGAAAAUUUAUCAGCACCAAAGCAGUGGGCACCAACUCCCGUGUGGAUGUCACUGCUAAUUACAAAUAUCCAGAAGGAACCUCAAAAGAAAGGCAGGUGUAUAAAAAAGCACUGAAGCUGCUUGGUGUGAGAAGGACUGGAAAAAGAACCAGAAUUAGAAGACGAUCUUCAGUAGCAUGGAGACAAAAUAUGACACAGCCUGCUCAAAAACCCGGUAUCUCAGGGAAGCUUAUCCUUGAUGCGACUCCUGUAAUUGGCCAGGAUAUCCUCCUUACCUUGGCACUCAAGAACUUGAUCUCAGAUUUCAAGACCAUAAAGGUUAAACUGAGGGCUUCAGCCAUUCUCUACACAAGAAAACCAAAGGCAGAGAUUUUGCAGUUGUCUAGGUCUAUUAAACUUGGAUCUGAAGAAGUGAAAGAGAUUUCAUUCAAGAUCUCCUAUUCCCAGUACAAAAACUCUCUGAUGGAUGACAGGAAGAUCCUAGUGACCGCUGUGUGUAAAAUCAAACAGGGAGCCUCACUUCUAGUGGAGAAGGAUAUUGUACUUCAGGAUCCUUUUCUCACCAUCAAGGUCCUUGGUCCAACAGUGGUACGCAAGGCUGUUACUGUGCAGGUCACAUUUACCAACCCACUGUCUGAAGUGGUGACAGACUGUGUGCUGAGAGCAGAAGGUAGCGGCCUGCUCAAAGAGCAACUCAGAAUCAAUGUGGCAAGAAUGGCCCCCAUGGAGAGCUCAACAGUCCAAUUUGAAAUAAUUCCCUACAAAAGUGGCACUAGGCAGCUUCAGGUGGACUUGGUUUCCAUCCAUUUUUCAGGCAUUAAGGGGUUUGUGAUGCUUGAUGUGGCUCCUGCUCAGUGA